AUGCUUCCCACAAUAUCUCCCUCAGGUGACUUGGUCCUGCAUGCGCGGCUGCCAUUUCUGCGAGUGCUCAGUAUGAUGCCAUUUGCCACUUCUGAACUAAAAAGCCGGUACCCAGAGGUGCCACCGGAUUUGCCAGCGAAAAAGCUUGAUCCUAGUGCAGGGUUGGGUCUACGGCUAGGCGAUAUGGUAGUUGCUAUAUCGCCGAGUGAUCCUUCAAGAACAGUUUGUAAGCGGAUACUCGGCAUGCCGGGUGAUACAGUACUUGUUGACCCACGAGAGGGCGUCUUGUCAGACGCAGCCGAGUUGCUUGCUGCACACUUCGAGGCAGGGGCAGGGGCAGCCCUUCCAUUACUUCGCAUGCAGUCCAGUCGGACAGUGACGGUGCCACCAGGUCAUGUGUGGCUCACGGGCGAUAACCUGGCGAACAGUACCGACAGUCGGAAUUACGGGCCUGUCCCAAUGGCACUCAUCAAGGGGCGUGUCAUAGCACGAUGCUAUCCACGACCCCAAUGGUUUGCUCCAGCAUUGAAGAAAGUGCGGCCAGCUAUGGACCUCGCAGCAGAUCAAAGAGCCGCUGCUGGAACAAUGGAGCAUUAUCUAGCUUGA